AUGGCGGAAGCAUUAGUGGAUUUAGCGAUGGAUUUGUGGACGGAGAUCUUAGCAAGGCUGCCGGCGAAAAGCCUAAUGAGAUUCAGAUGUGUUUGUAAAAGCUGGUGUUCAUUGAUUGAUUCCUCGGAUUUCAUUGUUACUCAUCUUCACAUUUACAACAAGAAACGCAAGUCUUUGAUAGCCAAAAAGGAGACUGAAUUUACCCUUUAUAGUAUCGACGCAUUCAAGAAAAUUGAUAAAGUUUUCAGCACUCAAAAGGAUCAUUGCAAUUCAUACAACAAUUGUUUUGGACUGAUUUUGUUACAAGAAACUGAAGAUGAGUUCGUAUUUUACAAUCCUUGUAUUCGAAAAUCGUUGGUAAUUCCACCUUGUCCUUUUAUUUCGAUGGGAUAUACCAUACUUUAUUACCCCGGUUUUGCUUCGUCUACUAAUGAUCAUAAGAUAGUUGCUUUUGGGUGUCGAUGGAAUUCCGAGGUUUCGAUUGCAGUUUAUUCAUUAAAUGAUCGCCUUUGGAGGAUCAAAGAUGGGUUAUUUGAUGAAGCUCACAUUCGAAGAUAUGGGUGUACUUAUUAUUCCAAGAGUGCUACCCACUGGUUAGGAUUUGAUCAGGAUUAUUCUAAACCACCCGUAUCAAGGAUUCAUCUUGUAUCGUUCGAUUUUGAUUCCGAGGAAUUUAGCAUUACGGAUUUCCCUGAUGCUCUUAAACAAAAAGAUAGCCUUAAAUUUCUGUUCACCCUCGGUGAGUCAAUUGCAGCUUUUAGUGUAUGUUCAAUGCGAAUCUGCAUAUGGGUUUUGGUCAAGGAUGGCGGAGAUAGAUCAUGGCGAUUGUGGUAUACCGGAGAUACAAAUUUAGAGGCUGAUCAGUUUCUUACAAGAAGUUUUUUUAUGGAGAUUUUCAAUGCUGAGAAGAAUACAUUUUUGGUACUUAAAAAGGGUAAAGUGUAUUCAUAUAAUUUUAGAACUCAUCAGAUACAACAUUUGGAAAAUUAUACUGAUCAUAACAGUAAAUCUUCUGAAGUUUAUGUGGAAAACUUAGUAUUGCACAAACGAAGCCAAGGGAAGAUUUGGACUGAUGAAUUCAGAACAGUACAAGAUUGUCAAUUUUGA